GCACCAACAGGUUGGUAGCAAUCAGAGCAUCCAAAACAUCAUUUUAGAGACCUGCAAGCAUUUAGCUUCUAGCACUUUAAACUAUGUCUGGAGUUAAGGGUCAACAAAAGAAAUGCCAAGAGCAAUGCCCACCACCCUGUGAUCCAUGCGCACCAAAGUGCCCUCCACCACAGAAAUGUGAUCCAUGCCCUCCACCACAGAAAUGUGAUCCAUGCGCACCAAAGUGCCCUCCACCACAGAAAUGUGAUCCAUGCGCACCAAAGUGCUGUCCUCCACAACAGAAAUGCCAGGAUCCUUGCGCUAAGCAAGUCCCACAAUGCCAAGAUCCAUGUAAGCAACAGCAACACUAAAAGAAGCAAUGACACAAGUUGUUGAAUGGCUGCUAUCAAGAGGCAAUAAUGAGCAUGCACUAUAUCUUCCUGUAAUUACAAAAAAAAAAAAAAGAAAUACCAGCCAAUAUUAUCUGCAUAAGAAUCUGCCUAUUGUAGUAUAAAUAUAUCAAUUAAAUAAUUCAUCAUGUAAAUGUA